UUCCUCUGGCGGGCACACGUGCUGCCCGGCGGGUAAUUUUUGUUGUCGCGGCUGCCUCCUGCGGGUCGGGUUGCCAUGAGUUUGCCUCUCAAUCCAAAACCCUUCCUCAACGGGCUGACUGGGAAGCCUGUGAUGGUGAAGCUGAAGUGGGGGAUGGAAUACAAGGGCUACCUUGUCUCUGUCGACGGCUACAUGAACAUGCAGCUUGCAAAUACAGAAGAAUAUAUUGAUGGUGCUUUAUCUGGACACCUUGGUGAAGUUCUGAUAAGGUGUAAUAAUGUCCUUUAUAUAAGGGGUGUGGAGGAGGAGGAAGAAGAUGGAGAAAUGAGAGAAUAAACUAUUUUUUUGGAAACAUUUUUUAAAGGUGCUCGAUCUUUCUAAAAAAAAUUACAAUGUAUGUCAUGUUUGGGUCCUAUAAGCACGUUUGUAAAUGAGCCUGCAUAUUGUAUCUGGUGGUUAGGAAAAUUUAAAUAUUUUUGUUGAAGGAAAAUGUUCACUAUGAAAUAAAGAUUCCAUAUGGUUGUUUGUAAAGUCAAUAUGCUUAU